AUGUCGCCGAGUUAUAUCGAAGUCGUUGGCAAGGAUAUCCUUAGCGAUGAUCUUACGCAGAAGUUGACCGAUGCAGACAUCAAUCAGCCUGGAGAUCCCAGGGGGCGAUUGAUGCCUUUCUCGGAAAGUGGACUGUCUCAUGUAAUGCUAUCGUAUACCUUACCUUUAUUAAGACAUUACGCUACUCCGGAGGAUCUUGCGAAAGUACUUUUUCCGCAAGACAAACUUGAUAAGUUGAUAGCCUCAAAAUCCGACACAAUCCCAGAUGAUUUGACUGCCAAUGAUGUGAAUCAAGUGCGGGCCAGGUUUCUUGCUGAUCAGCCACUCGUCAUUAUACUUGUUAUGAUCAGAGACAAUGGCGACUUUACCCUCGAAGAUCGCCCACGUACCAUUGCAGUACUCAUUUUAGAAUUGAUGGUUAAGCGUCAAGCUCAACUUGGUUCUGCUGAGCUGAUCAGCAUGUUGAAGGAGUAUUUUCCGCGGGAUGAAACCCCGUUGACCGACAAAGAGAUCACCUCCGCUUCUACGUUUGUCAGAUCUGUAAAGACUCUCUCGUAUCUCGUUGAAGACCCAUUGGAUACUCCUCGUCUUUACGACUCAAAGUAUCAUUCCAUACGAAGCAUCACAGGCAAGCCGAAGAAUGAUUUCAAGUCUGAUCUGAAAAGCGCAGGCUCAUCGACCGCGAGCGCUCUAAAGAUUCACGAUUGCGCUGAGCGUGUUGACUGCUGGAAUGAGCAACUUUGGCUGGCGCUGAUGAAGGCAGGUAAGGCAGAAGUGGCUGAUAGUAUGAUACCCCAGCCUCAGCCGGUGGACGAUGACGGAGAUUCAACGGAAGAUACCGUAAAGCCAAUUCAGCCCUUAGCAAGCCUUAGCGGUCCUCCAGAAUCUUGGAACAACUUGACGGAUAUAUUUCGUCUCGAAAAUAUUGCAUGCGAGGAAUGUUGCUCCAUAACUUCUAUGUCUGCGUAUUUCGCAGAUCUCUUGAACUUGUUAAGCAACACUGUACCUACAGGUCGAGCCGGAGCAACAACCAAAGAUACAACUGCCGUUUCAGAUUCAGAAACAAAUAGCAGUCUCCUAGAGUUGCUUUCAGCUCGGCGCCCAGAUCUUAAAAAAUUAGAGCUCAGUUGUGCAAACGCACAAACUUUGAUUCCUAACAUAAAUCUUGUUAAUGAAGUACUCGAAUCAUACAUUCGCUACAAAAGUCAAUCUUUGCUGUCUGCACCGGCUUCCGACGAGCAAGAUUCUAUACUUGUCUUUAAUACACCUGCAGAUGCCGCAGAUGAUUGCGUACAAGAUGUUCACUCUGACAGACCAGUCUAUCGGCCCGGAAACACAGACUUUGAAGUUUAUUCCAAAGUCGUCUCCCAGCAGAUGUACCCGUUCACCUGUUUCCCAUACGAUUAUGCGUGGUCAUCUGUUAAAGAAUAUUUCAACAUAUUCCAGAUAUCUUAUACUCAACUGGUCGAGGUGUUCCAAGCGGCCGAGCUUCUCUUCGAGAACAUAACACAGGUCGCGCGUGGGAGGCUCUCCGAAGAGCAGAGAACUGGGCUGCUUCGUGGAUCGGCCGAGGUGCUGAAGAGACAAAUUGCGGCAUCAAUUCUGGAUUUACACCAAAAAGAGUUUGCUGCCAUCACGGGUGAAACUUUCUUCCCUACCUGGGCCACAGGGCCACCGGAAGGCGAUACUGCCACUCAAUGGGGCUAUGAGGAUGAAGAUACAAUGUUAGAGUCCACGAGUGGACUUGGCCUAACGUACAUCAAGCAACAGCUAAUGAAAAGAUCAGGGCUAGAUUUUCCCGACAUCCUAGACUUAGUCAAGACUCAGCUGUUCGGAAAAGACCUAGUGAUCAUCAACAAAACCGGAUCGAAAGAGUUCAGUACUUUCAUCGAUGACCUCAGACUUUUAGCCAAUGCGUCAGAACCGCCCUUUCAAAGCCUGAACACUACUAUAUGCCGAGACCUUCAGUCGUUUUUACGCCUGAAGGCUAAGCUUGGAUGGUCGACGAGGGAUCUUGAUGCAGCAAUUUACUGCUUACGUAAUAACGAGAUGGAGCUCUCUCCGGAUUUCAAAGUAACUACCGCUCCCAACACACGACCCAUCUCAGUUUACGUUCUCAAUGGAAUUGCGUCUAUUAUCAAGUUGAACAAUCUAUGUGGAAUUGAACCCGCUGCUCUACUUCCUUUAUGGGGCCCUAUCGAUGCCUUUGGUAAAGAUUCGUUUCUUUACCGCAAAUUUCUCCGUGCUUCUCUAGGGCAAGUUUUCGCAAUCCCAAAAGACGGCGAAGAAUUCUUCGAACCAGGCGGCUCAAAGUUCAAAAUUUACGCAUGCGGUACAAGUGUAUGCGCGAGUCUAAAAUGGCCAUUUCAAUAUCUUAAAGAUCUGCUUGAAGCUACAGGUUAUUCUGAUUCUCAUUUGACUGUCGGCACUCUGUCAAAACUUUACCGCUAUACUACUGUUUCUCAGAUUUUGUCUGUUCCUGCAACAAGAUGUGCUCAAUUUUUCAAACUAUUUUUCAACGAAGCGAAGGAGAAUCCUUUGUCAAGCCCCGAAGUCACAUUUGAAGUGUUAGAAAUGUGGAAAAAGCUGUUGAAUUCAAACUGGACAAUAGAAUCACUUCUCGAUGUUUUCGAGACUACCCAGCUUGAAGAUGUCCAGGAUAGCUCCGGGCUACAACUCACCAGAGCUAUUUUAGAAGGGACCGUGGAUCUGAAAAAGUCACUUUCAUCUAUUUCUACAGUUGACAUGCCAACUUCAGAAACUGUUGUCGAUUGUGCUGGGCGAACAUUUGAUACAGCAACAGCAAGUACAAUUGUAGGAUUCAUUGAGGGCACUCAAAUUCUGACAAGCUAUAUCAAACUUUCUGACAAGGCGGCCCUUGACUCACUCGUUAGCCUAGUAAAGGGCUGGCCAAACAAGAUUUCGAUUAUUCCUUCUAUUGAGGGAGCGAUAUAUUCUGCCCAAAUAAAGCUCUGUGGCAUAUUGACUUCAAGUGAAAAGGCGAAGAUCUUGGAUGGAAGUGAAGAAUCUCCCGCAAUCAAAACUGCACUUGCUACUUUGGUGGCGACUUCGCUGUUUCCACAGAACAUUAUCGUAUCACGUUUUGAGAACAAUCCCGACUCCAGCGAGAAGCUACAGAGCAACAUUCUUCUAGAUGAUUGGGAGGAGCCACUGUCUCAAUCUUCUGAAUCUUCUUCUCCAGAUGCAUCUUCUAUUGCCGCAGAAAACUAUCUUCGAAAUAGAAGAGCAGCUUUUAUUGACUUGGCUAAGCCGAUCAUUAUCCAAGAUCUCCUCACUUCUCUCAUUCUCAACUCUACCAAAGACCAGAUACUCGACGUUGAUGUUUCGAUUAUAUCAAGUCUUAUUUCGGAUGUCGUUAAAGUUCCAACCAAGAACGGCAGUGAGUUCGAAUCCGCUAUGACUGCUCUACAGAGUCUUAGCGUGCCCGUCGAAAGCUCGAUUGAAACGAAUCUGGACGCAUAUUUCACACCUACAACCACUGAUGAUUACACGAUACAUUACACGGGAACCAGUACUAACCCUGAGAUAACCAUUAACGGACUUCAGAUGCCCUUCGAUGCAUCUGCAAACGCAUGGAGCCAGUUUCGCAUGAUUUCUGGUCAAGCAUACCUCUUACAAGCCGAUUUUGAUUCUUCUCAAGUGUCUUGGUCAACACGCAGGUCAAUGCCGACGCCUUUUACCGACGAAGAGCUAUUAUUAUCGGCGACAGUUCAGCGAACAACGAGUGUUCUUGAAGCAAUUCGCAAGGCAGCACUUAUUUGCCAAACUCUGAAGCUGACUACGACAGAGAUCGCUUUUUUCAACCUUCAAGUACAACUAAAAUUCGAAAUGCUGGCUAUCGACCUUAAUUCACCGAGUCUAAAAGAUCUUGUCCAGCUCCAAGAGUAUUGCGUCUUGAGGGAUACUUGUAUCCCUAGCACCAAAGACGAUAAUCUGAUGAGCCUAUUUUCCUGGUUGUCUAGCUCGACUGAUACUGAUGUAAGCAGUAUUAUAACGAAAAUUGCGGCAAGUACAGGCUGGAAUAAUACGCUUGUAGAAAGCGCCUUGAACGAAAAAUAUCCAAACUGUACUGCAGCAAAUCUGAUGGCAACGUUACGUAAUUACGAUAACUUCUUGGGCUUAAACGCAAUUGUGUUGUUCUAUGGCAGCCUUGGCGGUGUAUCUGACAUCAACUCCAUGCCUCCAAUGGCCGAACUCUUCGAUCUAGCUAGGCCUGCGCAACAGCUAGAUAAUGCAGACUCUUACGUUCAAGCUGCACAUGACCUUCAGAACAGAUUGACCGCCACACAACAGGAAAACUUUGAAGAUGGACUCAUGCAGACCCAGCGUGCUGCCCUUGUGAAUUACCUAUUGCAACAAGACUACAUCAAAGAUCUCAAUAUCUGGGAUGCAGAUGGACUCUUCGAAUACUUCCUUGUUGAUGUGCAAAUUGGUCCACAAUUGCGAACAUCACGCAUCAAACAAGCAAUCUCAGUUGUGCAGUUAUAUACACAACGUUGUUUGCUAGGGCUCGAAGAGGACGUCGCGAUGACAGAUUUACGACGCGACAAAUGGGAUUGGAUGCAGCAAUACACCCUCUGGGAAGCUAACAGAAAGCUGUUUCUCUAUCCCGAAAAUUGGAUUGAUCCAAUGCUUCGAGAUGAUAAGAGCCAGUUAUUUGAUCAAUUUGAAGCUGCGCUGCUUCAGAAGGAUCUGAGUAUCGAUACGUUUUUGCACGCUAUUCAAAACUAUGUGUAUGGGUUGAAUGAAAUCUCGAAGCUUGACAUUGUUGCAUAUGUCCACGAACCCGAAUUUAAGCAGGCUGAUAUAUUCCACUUUUUUGGGCGGACUCGUACCGCGCCAUAUUCGUUUUAUUAUCGCACUGUGAGUAUCUUGGCAACUAGUGAGAUAUUCUGGCAGCCGUGGGCCAAGAUUGAGAUGGAUAUUCCGUCGAUUGAAACAGAAUGGGAAGGACAUCGCCUCGAGAACAUUGGCAGCUAUCUGCUCCCCGAGAUAAUUGGAGGUCGACUUUAUCUUUUUAUGCCAUCAAUCAUGGCGAAGUCUUUGGCUACCAAUAUAGGGAACAAUCUUCAAGGUAUCACCACUUUCGACGAUUUACGCGGGAAACCGCCUGAUAUAGCGGCCUCUGAACGUGUAUGGGAAAUCUCAAUGGCUUGGACUGAACUUAUCAGAGGCAGUUGGGCACCCAAACGUGUAUCGGCAGGAACUCUUACUGUGGGCUUGGUAGCUUCUGCAUCACAAUUCCGAGUUGAACCAAGUUUUGAUGAUAACAAGAUGACAAUGAAGAUAAACUAUUCGGCAAUAGGAGAUACUGACUUCAACGAAAUUGGCAGCUUCAUAUUCUUCAACGAUCAGAUCAGUACAAUAAACAGUGACUCAAGAACAUCUGUCCAUGGCGACUUUCCAACUUACUUCCAGAAGGUGCUAGGCAGAGGUAUCAAUUCAACUGCUCUGGAAAUUGAUCCCUCCUUCCCAAACAAGCCUCUGAUCUGGAUACCCAAUGAUUUAAAGCCCUACGAUCAAAAGGACCUCACUUGGACUCUGUCGAAAACACAGCAACGUGUCACAGCCCUUGUAGUAAGCACCAUAGAUAGCGAUGGUAUGAGUCUAAGCCGCUUUAAUAUGCCAAGAACAGAACUCACCCCGACGGAUGGACGCCAAUGGACUACUCAAAGAGUCAUAGACGAUAUGGAGCUUGUACAGCUGGAUCAUUCAUUUUCUCAUGAGCUCAUGGAACAUACAACCGACCGUGUCGAUCCACUAGGAAAUCUUUAUAAUAACCUAGCUCUGACACCUGCAGACCAGCUAAAAGAACGUUAUGGGGCUGGCAGCCAAAACGCAUCGUAUCACGAACUGGGCCGUCCAACUGCUAUCUAUAAUUGGGAGAUUGGCAUACACGCUGUGUAUCUGGCAGUUGAUCGGCUGUCCACUACACAACAAUAUGAUGAAGCACUGCAAAUCGCAAGACUUGUCUUUGAUCCAUCAGUAUCCGUGAAAGUAGACAGAUCUAAUGGCGACAAGACAAUAAGCACUCAAUCCUGUUGGAAAUUUCCACCAUUCCAAGAUAUGGCUUGCAUGAUGUCGAAUAAAGGCGAAAGCUCGUUCGAUCCUCUAGAUUUGGCGAACCUGAAGAAGGAGAUCGAGCUUGCAAUUAAAGAGAGACGUUCAUACGGUGCGCUAGUGCAUGCUGCCGCGCGUGGUCGGCCUGUUCCAUAUAUGAAAUGGAUUGUCAUGAAAUAUGCUGAGAUUCUCAUUGCCCUUGGAGAUAUACAAUUCCGACGAGGCACAUCCGAAUGUCUUCCGUUGGCCACUCAACGAUACAUAGAGGCAGCUAGAGUACUGGGGCCUGAGCCACCUAAUUUGCCAGAUCUUGGGAAUCGAAAAUCAAAGGUGCUGACGUAUGCACAACUAAGGACAAAGGAUAAUGCAUUCGAUGAAGUCUCACUGGAUCUAGGCCUGCCGUUCUCAUUCAACAUAGUACCGAAAGGAAACGCUACAGUCUCAAGCACUGAUCCAAAAAUGGAGAACAUUACUUGCGUCCUGAAGACAGAUUAUUUUUCAAUUCCCUUGAAUCCUAAAUUCAAGACAAUGCGGAGCCUAGUGCAGGAACGUCUUUUUAACAUUCGAAAUUCCUUCGAUAUUCAAGGAAAGUCGGUGAUCUACGCGCUGAGAGAUCCACCAAUCGAUCCUGGAGACUUGGUGGCUCUCAGCAAGCAAGGUCUCAGCAUAUCUGAUGUGCUGAGCAUGAUUUCCGGCCAAAGAGAUGGUCCACUAACUAAUCAACGCUUUGCAAGUCUCAUGAGCGUAGCUUUGGACUUGUGUACCGAAGUACGUUCACUGGGAGAAAGUCUCUUGGCAGCAAUAGAAAAGAAAGAUGCAGAGAGUCUUAAUGUCAUCAUGGCUCGAAACAACACUGGCAUACAGCAAGGAAUGUUGGAAAUGAAGCAAAUCGAACUUGACGGAGCGCAAAAGACGAUUGAAUCGCUUUUGAUGGAUCGCAGCUCUCAAGAAGCACAAUUAGAUUACUAUCUCAAACUCAUUGGUGAACCAGAUACCAAAAUUCCCAGAUCUAGCGACGAUUGGACUGAUGUCCCACAAAAUAUUGAUGUACAGUCAUCAGAUGAAUUGCGAAUGUCUCCUUACGAAAAAUUACAAAUGACAAUGUCUCUAUCCGCAUACUCAAAGAACAGCCUAGCUACAGUCACAGACGCAGUGGCUCUUCCAUUGUACUUAUUGCCAACAAUACAAGGGGACUUUGAGCCUCUCGGGGUUGGAACUAGUAUCUCAGCUGGCGGUACUCAGUAUGCAGAGUUUGUGGCAGCCGGUUCCGCGCUAUUGAGAGGAUUUGCUGGGCUCGAUGCCAGCCAAGCCGACCAAGCCGACAAGAAGGCCAGUCUUACAGCACAAUUGCAAGAUCGUCGAUUCCAAGCAAAUAUUAGUGGGCGCCAGAUCAAAUCCAUCGAUAAACAAAUUGAGAUACAGCAGAUACAGAUCAAAUCCAUUCAGAAAGAGCUCGAUAUGCAGAAAUCCCAACUAGACGAAGCUGUUCAGGCUGAGACAUGGUAUCGUUCCAAAUACACUAACGAGCAACUCUACAGCUGGAUGGAAAAGAGACUUAGGAAUUUGUAUCUUCAGGCGUAUAAUCUGGUUCUCGAUGCAGCUCUUCGGGCACAAAGCGCCUUCUCAUUCGAAGCUGGUUGCAAAAGCUCAAUCAUCAAACCAGCCGGUUAUUGGGAUUCCUCACGUGAUGGAUUGCUUGCCGCGCAGGAUCUAUUUUGGGAUUUGAAAAAGCUUGAGGCUGCACAAGCGGGAAAUACUUCAGCGGACUAUAAUAUCACAAAAACUGUAUCCCUGAAAGAAAUUGAUCCUAUGGCACUGAUGAAUUUCAGAAUCACGGGAUCUUGCGAUUUCUCAUUAGACGAGCUGAUUUUCGAUAUGGACUUCCCCGGCCACUAUAUGCGUAGAAUACGAUCAGUGGCUGUGUCGAUUCCUGCGGUUUUCGAAGCUAAUUGCAAUGCCAAUGCUAUCUUGACACUGCUAUCGCAUAAAUACCGCGUUACCCAGAGUGCAGCCGACUAUGUUGCCUCUCAAUCUGCAAGUAGUGAAUCAUUUCGAACAGAUCGAAUUCCAACGUCCUCUAUUGCAGUUAGCUCCGGUGAUGUAGACUCCGGAGUUUUUGAACUCGAUUUUUCUGCUUCUCAAUACAUGCCUUUCGAGGGUGCAGGCGUUAUCUCAAAAUGGCGACUGGAACUUCCAUCACCGGUUAGGACUUUCAGCUACGAAUCUAUCACCGACGUGCUGUUACACAUACAAUAUACAGCUUAUGAAGGAGGUCCGUCACUACGCGCAGCAGCUAACCAAGCUACACUCCAAGUGAUGAAAGCUACGGGAGCGGAAGGGCAACAACAAGGGUUUUCGGCGAUUUUCGAUCUCAAAAACGAGUUUGCGGAUGAUUGGAAGAGCUUUGGUGAUCAAUUAGCUUCCCAGACGACCGGCUCAGAUGCGCCAAGUAUGAAACUUGGAGAUUUGAAAAAGAAACUUCCUUAUUGGUCUCGAAGACAGAAUGCCCUGGAGGUUAAAAACAUCACUUUCAUAACUCACAGCGAAGAACUGCGCGAUAAACUUGACAUCGCAAGUUCGAAGGGUGAUAGGACUUGGGUUGUAAGUAAAAUAGGAGACUAUUAUGUAAAGUCUUCGUCUACUUGCAGUGAUACGAGUUUGACUUGGACCAUCCAAGCAAACACAUCCCUAACGAAAUGGGAUAAGAAGAACUUCGAGAACGCGUUUUUGUUGUUUCAGUAUGUGUUUACGGGGACAAGGAUUGUUUAG